GACGAGAGGUGCUUUUAGAAAUUAUCCUGAAGAGUGCCAUUUUGAGUCACGCUUCCGGCUUUUCGAAGUAGUGCUCCUAGAUGGACAGCAGCGACGAUGCUGGUGUUAGCGGAAAUAGUAGAGUGCUCGCGCCUCCGUCCGCGGCAACGGCAGCCGGCGCAGCAGCAGCAGCAGCAGCAGAGCAUGAAAGGUUAGCCGACUCGAAUGAACCUGAGGACUUGGAUCACUCUUGCGGGUGUUUUUCUCUGAGAUGCAGCCAUAAGUUUUGCAAGCUCCACAACCCUUUCACCAGGGGACCUUAUAACGAGGACGCGGACCCGGAGGCGCCUCCGCUGACGAGCUGUCGCACGGUGUCGUUCGACGCGUCGCACGAGACGCACUACGUCGUCGUCGUACACGGCACGUUCGACGCGCCGCCGGCCGACGGGUCGCGCACGUGGUACCAGCCCGCGGCGCCCGGCGAGCAGAAUUUCUGCAGCAAGAUCGGCGCGCUUCUAGCGGACGGCCCGCUGGGCGGCGGGUGCGUGUGGCGCGAGCUGCCGUCCGCGCUGCCGGCGCGAUCCGGCAUCCCGCAUCCGUUUCACUGGGACGGCACGAACACACACGAAGGACGCGUCGACGCGGCGCACAAACUCUCGCGGAUCUUUAACUUCAUUGCAACCAAUGACCCCUCGGCUCGCAUCCACGUCAUUGCUCACUCCCACGGGGGCAACGUGCUGCUUAAAGCCACAGAGCUGUACAUGAAGCGCCUGGGAAGCCGGUCUGUUUCCGAUCUCCCACCAGCCGUCCAGAAGCAGUUCUGGGCGGCGUACAAGAGCAGAUACGAUAUGAUUCGCCACUGGCGCAAGCCGGACGUCUCCAACACCCUGUGGCGCUUCUUCCCUUUUCUCGUGGUGCGGAGGAGCAUGACCGGCCAGAGAGCCACAUCGGUGAAGGAGCAGUACCCCUGGGCUUGCUCCCGCUGGGUGGACUCCCUUCUCGCCCUCCCCACCAAGCGGCAGCGCCUCUUCCUCGCCCACCGCCUCGCCACGAGCCCCCUCUCCAACGCGCUGGGCUCCCUCAUCUUCCUGGGCACGCCCUUCUAUGUGAAGAAGUGGGAGCGCAACGGGGUGGCGCUGCUGCUGGGGACGACGGCCGUGUCGAUGGUGGUGAUGUUCGUGGUGAUGUGGGGCUACGUGCUCCUCUGGCAGCUCGUGGUGCUCGCAAGCGCUGGGCGGAUCGGAAGGUCCGAGUCCCCCACCUACGUGCCCUUUGCCCUCGCAAUGGCUGUCCUGAUUUUUGCGAUCAUCAGUGUGGCAAUGGAGCUCUGGCGCAGCACUGCUUUCUACAGCGGCAACAUCUACCACGCGCCGGAUUUUGAUUGGUCGCAUGCCAUGUCAGCGCUCGUCGUCCACGCGGGCAAGCUAGACGAGGCCAGCCUGGCACUCUCCACCGAGCCUAUCGCCCGAGCCUAUGUGUUCCCGCAGCUGGCCUCCAUGCUCAAGCUGCCCUUCUGGAAGAGCCUCCCGCACCGCCCGGUCACGAAAAACUUCUCCGAUUGGACGCUCUACCUCAGCAACUCUGCCCGGAUCCUCCUGUGGAAUAUAAUUUUCAUCCUGCCCGCUGCGGCUGUGGCGCUGCUGUCGCGCUUGCUGGCCCCGGUGGUUAUAUCGGUCGUGCGGAACGUGAUUGUGACCAUCAGCUUUGGGCUAUCGGCCAAGGAGCUGAGCUUUGCGAGUGUGUUUGUGGACGAGCACCUCGACCUGGGGCUGUCAUCGCAACACAUCGAACACUGGAAUGUGCAGAAACUGCUAGCGCUGGCCAAGACCCGGUCGCUACAGGGGGAGCUGAUGGCGGGAUACGAGGAUGACACCUGCGACAUGGGGGAGGCUGUAUUCGGGGAGGGUGCAACCCGGGAGGGGGUACCUGCGGAGGGGGUAACUGGGGAGGGAGCAACUGGGAAGGAGGAAAAGGCGGGGGAGAGAAAGGGGCAGGAGGGGGAUGUACAGUUGGAGGAGGGUGGGAGGGAGGAGGGUGAGAGGGAGGAGGGUGAGAGGGAGGAGGGUGAGAGAGGGGAGGGGGAGAGUGAGGAACGGGGGAGGAUGGAGGGGGAAGUGGGAGCGGUGACAGGUAGCGGGAGGAGGAGUCUGAGCCGGUUCCGAAGACGAGUGACCUUCAGUGAGCGAUCUGCACGACACCCGCAUUUGGACUCAGACGGAGGCAAAGAGGCGGGAACGAGGGGAGAGGGAACGAGGGGAGGGGAGGGGACGGGGGGAGAGAAGGAAGGGCAUGCGGAGGCUCGGUUGUUGGAGGGUGGAGGAGGGAGCAGUGAGGGAGUGCGGAAUGACGUCGUAACAGUCAAUAUGCAGCAGCAGGAGCAUCAGCAUAACCAGAAGCACCAGGAGCAGCAGGAAGAGCGGUUGAGCCCAGGGCAGGAGAUGAGAGAGGCCAUUACGAGGGAGCAAGGGACGCCAAGGGAGCGCCUGGCGUACGAGUUUCUGUGGGACGACGGGGCGCUGGAAGCAGCGGCGAGGCAGUCGGAGACGUACAAGCUGCUGCGGCCGCAGAUGCAGGCCAUCACCCACAACCCGCGAUUGAGCGACGAGGAAUGUGUGCGGCAGGUGAAGCAGCUGUGUGUGAUGAUUGAGGAGAGGUUCGGAGAACUGACCGGCCGGUUUGACCUCAACCACGGGGCGUACUUCCGAGACCCCCGCAUUCUCGGAGCUGUUGCACACUUCCUGGGGAACCGGGAGCUCCCUCAUUGGUCCAGGGAGGUCGAUACGGAUGUGUUGAGGGCCGAAGAGCGGGUCAGAUUUGGGAGGUUUGGCAUGGGUAGCUGAAAUGGGUUGGUUCUAGUGUACGUUCACUGUGAAUAGAGAGAGGAGGAGCAACAGAGGCGAGGUAGCCUAGUGCUUGUUGGGAAGGGAGGGAGGGGAAACAGGGGUGGGGCGCAGUGUGGAGAUGAUCCCGAGAGGUCGAUGCUGAUGUGUUGAGGGCCGACGUGUGGAUCAGGUUUGGGGGGCUUGGCGUGGGGAGCUGAAAAGGGGUGCCCUAGUGCCCUGAUAUGACUUCUGAGUCGACUCAAAGUCACCUUGAAACGGGGUGCCCUAGUGCCAUAUGCGACCUAGUGCUUGCUGCGAAUGGCUGCAAGAGGAGAGAAGGGAGAAGGGGAGAACCAGGGGUGGGAUGAGGUUGGUCUUGGCGGUUCGAGGGUUGAGGAGAGGAUCAGCCUGGGGAUGUAUGUGUGGCCUGGGGAUGUAUGUGUGGCCUGGGUAUGUAUGUGUGGCCUGGGUAUGUAUGUGUGGCCUGGGGAUAGAGGCAGGGGUGGGGUGAGGCAGGGGCAGGGGUCUGUCUGUACUCUCUCGUACUGCAGGCACUCUUACUAGCCCGAAUCAGAGGCAGCCAGGGGAGGGGAGGCAACAGACUUCUCAGUCACAGGCUCCAUGACCCAUGGCGUUGUAGGAUUCAAGACCAGUCAAAGGAUUACAGAAACAACAAGAGCAAGACCAGAGAGGCACUACUAGUCCAACCACUGGGAAGGGCCACAAAGCCAGUCAGGUUAACACAUAUAUAUAAAGGUCUAUACACAAUCAAGGCCCUAGCUGGUGAGAGGCAACAGGAACAAGACCUAGCUGUACAUAGUGCCGCUGAUGAUCUUUAGGCGCAAGCGCCUUCGUAAAGAUAUCAGCUGUGUUGGCACUGGAGGCAAAGUGUACUCCGCGAGCCUGGCGACGUUGCUAUAGCUCACGCAUGAGGAAGUACCGCAGCUGGAUGUGCUUCGCUCUCCCCUCAAAUCGAGGCUCCUGGCACAGGAGGAACAUGGCCCUGUUGUCAGCGUACAGGACUGGGGCAGAGCUAGGCCGCUCACCUAAGUCGGUGAGCAAAAAAGUCAGCCAGCGGAGCUCCUGUGCCGGCAUGGCAUCGGCGUAGAUCUCGGCCUCACAGCUGUGUCAAACAUGUGUAGUUAUCAUGUUCGUAUAGACUGUAUAGGGUCACCUUCUAG